CCGGCAUGGGCGGCGGCGCGGCGCGGCGCUGGCGGCGGCGAUGAGGAGGCUCGCUGGAGACCAUGGGCACGGCCGUCUCCAAGCGCCGCUCUCUCCGCAACGAGGCCGUGGCGUCGGUGGCGGCCAAAGUCAGAGCGGCAAGGGCCUUUGGGGAUUACCUCUCCCAAAACCAUCCGGAGGAGAAGAAUGGUUCAGAUCACUUGCUGGCGGAAUCUUACGUCGGGCAAGAGGACUCCCCGGAGAUGCACCAGGCGGCCCAGAACAAGCGGCGGCUGUCGCUCAUUUCUGACGGCAAGUUUGAGAGGAGCUUCUCGGAAGAGCGUGGCGAGAAGCUGGCGGGCGACGGCCCCAAGCCCCGUGUCUACACCAUCUCCGGCGAGAGGCCCAUGUUCUCCCAGCACCAGAGCGAGAGCAUGGAGCUGGUGGUCAUCAAAGGAGCCGAGGAGGAGGAGGAAGAGGAGGAGGAAGAUUGCUCUCAGGGUCAGCCCCUGCAAAAUUCUGGCAGCUCUGAUAACAUCGGCAAGCGCUGUAAAAGCGGUUGGGCGGCCAGCCGCCAGGUCUCCAAGGAGUGCCCCGGCUGUACCCACAUGGGCUCUCCUACCCAGCAUGCCUUUGACCUGGAACACCACCACCACCACCACCACCAUCACCACCACCAUCAGGCUGGUGAGACGGGCUGGCGCCGGAAAAAGCUGGAGAGAAUGUAUAGCAUUGACCGGGUGUCAGACGAUGUCCCCAUCAGGACCUGGUUUCCCAAAGAGAACCUCUUCACUUUCCAAACAGCUACAACAACUAUGCAAGCCAUCUCGGCAUUCAGGGGCUACGCGGAGAGGAAGAGGCGGAAGCGAGAGCAUGACUCUGCGGCUCUGAUCCAGAGAAAUUUCAGGAAGCAUCUACGAAUGGUCGGCAGCCGUCGCAUAAAGGCGCAGACCUUUGCCGAUCGGCGAGAGAGGAGCUUCAGCCGGUCCUGGAGCGACCCCACUCCCGUUAAACCCGAAAACCUCAAUGAUUCCCGAGAAAGCCAUGAGCUCCAGGAUUCCUGCUGCGCGCUCGACAAGGGCGUCGACCUGAACUGGGAGGCGGAGAAAGAGCUCGAAGCGGCGGCCUGCAGCGGGGAAGACUUCAUCCCGCCCAAGAUCAUGCUCAUUUCUUCCAAGGUGCCCAAAGCUGAGUACGUUCCGACAAUCAUCCGCCGGGACGACUCGUCCAUUAUCCCCAUUCUCUACGAUCACGAACACGCCACCUUCGAUGACAUUCUCGAGGAGAUCGAAAAGAAGUUGAACAUUUAUCGGAAGGGCUGCAAAAUUUGGAAGAUGCUCAUUUUCUGUCAGGGCGGCCCGGGCCACUUGUAUCUUCUGAAGAAUAAAGUCGCCACGUUUGCAAAAGUGGAGAAGGAAGAAGACAUGAUCUACUUCUGGAAGCGUCUGGGCCACUUGAUGAGCAAGCUGAACCCGGAGCCGAACGUCAUUCACAUCAUGGGGUGCUACGUCUUGGGGAACCACAACGGGGAAAAGCUCUUUCAGAACCUGAAGAAUCUAAUGAGCCCUUGCCGGGUCACCUUUGAAUCUCCGCUCGAACUGUCUGCUCAAGGGAAGCAAAUGAUCGAGACGUACUUUGACUUCCGCCUUUAUCGCCUCUGGAAGACCCGCCAACACUCCAAGCUUCUGGAUUACGACGACAUCUUAUGAGGGCGAUCGAUGACCCAGCCAAGCGCGGCAGCGUUUUCUCCGAGCCCAAGUGGCCGAGCUUCGUGUGGGGGGAGAGAGAGAGAGAGAGAGAGAGACUUCUUCACGGGCGCGGGAGAGUCCUUUGGUGCCCAGAGGCAGCGGGGCGAAACAGGCGUGCCGUCGAGCGAUUUGAAGAGGGGGCGGCCCGCCGCGUCAGGCGGGGCUCAAGCCAGCACGUACGUCAGGUGGAGGGAGCGUGGUGGUGGACGAGGCCACGAUGAGACAUAUCCUCACGGGACUGAGCUCACUUCAAUCCCAAAGGGCCGUGCUUCACUUCAGGCCCUUUUCAAAAGACAUUCCAAGCUCAGGUUUUCUUAACGACAGAAACUCGUCCGAUCUUUUUUCCGUUUUUUUUAAUUUGCUUCGCCUUUUCUCGCGCGACUGGAUAACCCGGGGGCGAGCGUCACCGGCGCGCAACCCCCUCCCGUUUCAUGCGCGGACGCCGUCUCUCUUUUGGAGGCGCGGGACACCCUGCUCAGCCUCGCGCACUCUGAGAUGCGGGUUCCGAAACCUUUGCACGGAUUCGAGGGAAACUCAGACGUGUCUAUUUUAAUAGAGGGGAGAGAGUGGG